GGUCUCUCGUAGCGUUACCCUGUCACCAAAGACGAUGAGAAGUGUCGCAGCCCAAGUUGGUGCAGUGUAGAGAGACUUUUAACCACCACUACAGCUGCUACAGAAGUGAAGGGUAAAACAAAGACUAAUCGAGAGUAAAAGAGACGCACGUUUGAGCUUCUGUCACAAUCAGAGACGAACGACAAGAACAGGACAUUGAAAACUAGCCAGAGUCAACAGCAGCUCUUCACUAAACCAAGCACCACACACCUCAACAACAGCGGCAUGAGGAGGAGGAAGAAGAAGAAGACAACGACUAUGAACGGCAGUAAUAGCAGUCUUAGCAGCAUCAGUAGUAGUAACAGUAGUAACAGCAGUAAUAGCAGUAACAGUAAGAGGAUGCAACGAAUACAGCCUAAUACCCCGGGUAGUUCUGUCGACACGUUGGUUCGUCUUAGAGGCCAGAGUGGCGAUAGCGGCGCUUGGGACUGCCUCGUUGCACAGUCAGACCCGGUCAAGAGGCGUCGGAGGAGUAGUAGCGCCUCCGCCACUGGCCUCCUCACCCCCAACACCAGGUUCUCCACCAUCUCGGAACCUGCGUCAUGGAGGUUCUCUGUGCCCCUAGCGGCUGGCAAGUCUCCCGUCGCCUGCAAAGGAGUAUCACGGACGACGGAGGGGAACUUGGUAGUGGCUGGGACCAGUGGGCAAGGGGUCAAGGUGACGAUGGAGGCCAAGUACCAGGUGACCAAAGUGGGCGCCUUCAGGAGGCUCGCCCUCAGGAUCAAGGAAUGCUGUCUGAAGUACAGACACACACGCAUCAGCAGCAAGAAGAUGCGCAAGAGAGUGGUGCAGAAAAACGGCGAGUGUAAUGUAUCCCCGUCCAACGUUGCCAAGAGGCGCCGACGGUACCUACAGGACAUCUUCACCACGCUUGUUGAUAUCCAGUGGCGGUGGACGCUGUUGGUGUUCGCUAUGUCAUUCAUCAGCUCGUGGCUUAUGUUCGCUGUGGUGUGGUGGCUCAUCGCCUAUGUCCACGGUGACUUCGACGAGCAGAACCUUCCCGGCAAACAGACCGAUUCCCAGUGGACGCCGUGUGUGUUCAAUAUCUUCGGCUUCACGUCCUGUUUCCUCUUCAGCGUGGAGACUCAGCACACCAUCGGCUACGGCUCCAGACACACCACCGAGAAGUGUCCCGAGGCCAUAUUUGUCAUGUGCAUCCAGAGCAUCACAGGUGUUAUGAUACAGGCAUUUAUGGUCGGCAUCGUCUUCGCCAAAUUAUCACGACCCAAAAAACGGACACAGACGUUGAUGUUCUCCAGGAAUGCGUGUCUAUGUGUCCGUGACGGUGAAAUGUGUCUCCUCUUCCGUGUAGGAGACAUGAGGAAAUCCCACAUUAUCGAAGCACACGUGAGGGCCCAACUUAUCCGGAAGAGAGUAACGAGAGAGGGGGAAAUCUUACCAUUCUUCCAAUACGAGCUCGAUGUGGGUUACGAUAUCGGUGAAGAUCGGAUUUUCUUCAUCUGGCCCAUGACCAUCGUGCACAAGAUCAACGAGAACUCACCUCUCUAUGACCUGUCCGCCCACGACCUGCUCAGAGAGAAGUUUGAGAUCGUCGUCAUACUCGAGGGUGUUAUUGAGUCGACAGGUAUGACCACCCAAGCUAGAUCGUCCUAUCUACCCAAUGAGAUCCUAUGGGGGUACCGCUUCGAGCCCCUAGUGACGUUUAGCAAGGAUAUGGGGGAGUAUGCCGUGGAUUAUUCUCUUUUCAACAACACCUAUCAAGUUAACACGCCUCUGUACUCCGCUAGAGAGCUCGACAGACUCAACAGCCAAGAGUCUACACCAGAGCGUGAGCAGGAAGAGCCACAGCCUCCGUCGUCCCUUCAGCAGGAGAUCAUGUUACCAGUUACGCCUCUGACACCGGUGACUCCCAUGUCUCCCCUAACGCCCAUGACCCCUACCUCAGCGUCGGGCAUGGGCAUGGGCGGGGGGUCAUGCGCCUUGGACCUACAUGCCUGUCCCCACGCCGCCUGUGACCCUGCUCAGGACGCCCCCGCUUCCCAGCCUCUGUUACAGGAGCAUGAUGAUGUCUAGCAGAUGGCCCCGGGCACCCAAGGGUGUCCGUGUCCGUGCCUUACUGGGGUGGAGAUGACACUGCGGGUACGCGGGUGUCGUGCUGGACGGACCUGUCAGUGUGAGGGCAGCCGGCGCCCCUCCUCGUGUCACCCCCUUCCCCAGACAACUGCAGAAACAUCUACGUGUCAUCCUAAGCCCGAUUCCUUCUUGGCUAUGGCGGCUUCGUCAUACUCUGGACUGCAACGUCUGCCUCUACCUGCCCCGUACUCCCGCCCAGUACACACUGUCUCAGGCCCUGUUCUGCCCAGCUCACACCUCCUGGAUCAUCUAAAUUGUAAAGGAAUAGGUGGUCAUCAUGUGAGCAUUGCCCCUACACCACAGCCAUCAACCCGAAACACACUGGAUAUUCCCCAGACUUCGCUCACACUGUCUUCCAGGUCAUUGAUGGCUGGAGACCACGCAGGUACUCGGGGGGCCAUUCAAAAGGAUAUGUCUUCUCACUCCUGGAGUCGUAAGGGCAAGCCCUGGUCCCUGCCGCGAGUGCCCAAAAGACCUGGCCGUUUCUCCAGCAGACGUAACCGUUCCACAAAUGCCUCCACCAACUCAGCUAUGGCUGCUCCGCCAUUUCGUCACUCAGCUCGCACCUCCAAUAGUCACCCAGAUUUCAGAGAGUUUCGCUUCUGACCCCCAUAGCCUUGGGCCAUAUCGGUCCCACCCACUCAUGCUCACCCAUCACGCUCACCCCAUCCACACUAAACCCCCACCUACACACCCGCUCUUGAAAGGCGGUUGUCACUCUGAUUCUGAUGUGUCUUAUACAUUCAUGGUUGUGAUGGCCAUUCUGGUCCCUUGCCCUCCCUCCAAGUGGAAGUACUCCUGCUGCUACCCCAGGUGUUCUCUGAUAAACAUCUCUCAUGCAUCUGGAAGCUAAAUGCUCAACUAAGUGUUAUGUUUAUUGAUUAGCAAAACAGUGUGUUCCUCAGAAGCAUAGACGUAUCAUAUGAGAUGCUAUAGGUACACUUGAUGGUGUUGUGUGUUCAGUAAGUGACCAGCGCUGAUGGUUCUGUAAUCUUGGAAAUAGUGAUAACAAACGCUACCACGAUAUAGCAAGUGAGAAGAAAAGCUCAAUAAGUGUACAUCACAAUCAAGAUAAAAGCAGUUUGGAAAGAUAAUCUGAUGAAGAUAACGGAAGAGACAGGUGAAACAACAUUGUUGUCUGUUAGCUGGAAAUAGUUGAGAAAAAUACCUGUGAAGUGGUUGUUAUAUUAGGUAUUAAGUAGAUGGUGCUAUUUAUUCUAUUUAUUUAUUUAUUUAUUUAUUAAUUUAGAAGAUACCUGUACAGUAUUUCACUGUAGUAAUAAGUAAGUCGGAGUAUUUUAUGGGUGACUCGGUACUAAGUUCGCCUGUGCUGCUUGUGAUAUAGGAAGAUCACUUGUACCAGGUGGUUCAGCUCCCUCAUACCCUGUGAGACCUCGUACUGAAACACACACGUGGCCCUUGUUUGGGAAGGACAAUUUUCACAGGAACCUGGAUAAUCACCCACACUAUAUGUAUAUACCUUUCACAUUCUUCUGGACUAUGAAAGAGAUUUUUAUACCAUUGAAAUUUGUCUUAAAGUUUAAUAUCAGGACUUUGUUGUAAUUUCAACUAACCGGAAAAAAUGUAGAUACUGGUUAAUUAAAGGGUGAUCAUACUA